GUGAUGGAAACAGAACUGAUAGCCUAACGGGCUUCAUGGAACCCUGAACUCAGAGCAGUGCCUGAGAAUAUCCAAGGAGAGAGAUCUGAUGUACAGCACAGGCAGAGACAUUCCAGGCAGGCAAAGUCUGGGUUUUGACGCUGUUGCUCUGUCUCAUUUUGGGGUGUUUUGCAGGCGUUACGUGAGAAAACAAAUGAUCCCAGACAACACAUUGUUCAAAUGCGUGUGUUACCAUCGCGGAGAGUACCAGAUCAUCACCAGUGGAACAGACAGAAAGAUUGUGUACUGGGAAGUGCUCGAUGGCUCCGCAAUCAGAGCAGUGCAAGGCUCUCUGUCGAGCUCCAUCAACGGGAUGGACAUCACAUCGGACGGGGCGUCCUUUGUCACAGGUGGUGACGACCAUCUGGUGAAGCUGUGGGACUAUAAGGAGGGCACGGUGACUCACGUGGGAGUGGGCCACAGCGGCAACAUCACCCGCCUCAAGAUCUGCCCCGCGAACAAGUACAUGGUGAGCGUGAGCGCGGACGGUGCCGUCCUCAUCUGGAAAUAGCCCAGCUCGGGCUGACAGCCGGUGCCGGAGCUGCUGGGCUGCUGCUUCCCCGGCCGGCCCUGGAAAUGCUCUUUUCUUACCACUCAGUUUGUUGUCAAUCGUUUGUUCUCUUAGAGUAAACAGUAUAUUUCUACUCCCUGGUAUGCAUUUACCAGGUCCUUAGAUACCCUUUCUAGCUCAAUUUUUUUCAGGGGAGCUAAGAAUUUGCUGUUUGUUUUGGAUUCAUCACUUCUGAAAAUCACCUUGGCAGUUGUUGUAACAGUUUGCGUUGUUCCUGCCGCCUUUCCUGCCCGUCUCAGCAUCAUCUGCCCUGUACGUCUACUCAUUUGUGGGCUCUCUCUUGCUUUCACAUGGUCUCUCUCUUCUCUGCACUCUCCUGUCUCUGAUUUAAUGAAUAACUUGUUGUUUAAAUUCAGUCUGCUGUGUUUAGUGCAGACAGCAGUGCAGGCAGUGGUGC